GGCUAAUAGAAAACAUGGAUAGUGAGACAGACAUUUAAAUAUAUUUCUAACCUUCAAUGUUGUUAUCUCAGGCUCAUGUUAAGCAAAGAUUUAGAUAUAUACAAUCAAGAUUAAUUAUUUGAGAACAUUUGAAUUUAUUAAUUUUUAUUUGGAUUAUUAAUAUUGACAUUAAUAUAAAUAUAUAUAUGAUAUUCAUAUUACUGCUAUGACGGAUAAAGCACCAAUUAAAACAAAUAAACGUCUACAACAAACUCAAGCUCAAGUUAAUGAAGUUGUUGAUAUUAUGAGAGUUAAUGUUGACAAAGUAUUAGAAAGAGAUAAAAAUCUUUCUGAACUUGAUGGUCGAGCUGAUGCAUUACAAGCUGGUGCUUCUCAAUUCGAAGCUAGUGCUGGUAAACUGAAGAGAAAAUUUUGGUGGAAAAAUUGCAAAAUGCUAGCAGUAUUGGGUGUACUAGUAGUUAUUUUAAUUAUCGUAUUAAUUGUAUGGGUCGUUUCUGAACAAAAAAAUAAAGUUGAACAAAGUGGACAUUCAUCUCAUCAUCUUGUGAUGGAUAACACAUCGCAUUUAUUAUCGGAACCAGUGAUGAUGGAGCAUUCAAGAGAAGGAAAACCAAUUUUGCCUGAUGAUCAUAUGAUAGGUUCGAAUGAAGUAAAUAGUGGAACGCCACCGUCUUUUAAUUCUAAUAGAAUAAAAUCCAAAGGUUUUGAGAAAUUACGAUCACCUCCAUUGUCGUUGCCAACUUCUCCUUCGUAUACCCCCUCUUUCUCUUCGUAUCCCUCUUCAUCUCAACAUCAUUUUGAAAACAAUGAAACAUCAUUGUUUUAAUUGGAUAUUUCUUCAUGAAUCGAUUAUUGAUUAAUCUCCGAAUUGUGCCUGGGAUCAGUUAUCACUACACAUAUUCAUUUUCAUACGUACACCAUUGCUGUUAAUUGGUGAUAGUCAGUGUAAACCAAAAUAAAUGAUAUUUAUUUAUUUAAUUCAUGCACAUAUAAA